UUCCGACCCAGCUGAUCCCACUGCUGUAUGUUCAAAGUUCCCGCAACGCGACCGACUCGACCGUACGAUAGGAACCGUCCAACACAGAACACAUCCGACAAAAUGCCUCAAGCCCAGCCCGAGUUGAAGAAGUACAUGGAAAAGCGGGUAUUCUGCCAACUGAACGGCAACCGCAAAGUCAUUGGUAUCCUGCGAGGCUAUGAUGUGUUCAUGAACAUUGUCCUUGACGAAGCUUUCGAGGAGAAGCCGGGUGGUGAGAAGGCUGCUAUCGGCAUGGUUGUCAUUCGUGGUAACUCGGUUGUUAUGCUCGAGGCUUUGGAACGUAUCAGCGACAAAUAAACAGCUGCACUGGACGGAAACUCAAUGUCUUUUUAUACCUUCUCUGUGGGAUUGAUUUAAUGCAAUAAGGAGUUCACGGGUCGGUUGCUCGCACGGAAUGAUCGAUGACAUCUCGCUUUCCAAAAAAUCUUCUUCAAUUCACAAGUAAAGCCUACGUGCGCCAUUCUGGAAGACCAGAUAUGACACUUUCAGGGGAGGGGGGGGUAUAUUGACCCGCAGAAAUGAUCCAUGACCGCUAUUAUCAUCUAUCAUCUCUCGGCAACAAACCAAUGCCCAAAUCCCACCAGCAAUCGCAUAGCCCACGGAACCAGAUACCCUGUGGAGAUAACCCAGAAUAAAAGAAUAAAAGAAAUCGUCCG